GACAAGGUAACGUGUUUGCCAGGAGGUGUAUCUGAGUCUAUCAAGUAAGCACAGAAAAUGUUGGUGCUGGUGCUAGGGGAUCUGCACGUUCCGCAUCGCUGCAACAGCAUGCCGGCCAAGUUCAAGACAUUGCUCGUCCCCGGUAAGAUCCAGCACAUCCUGUGCACGGGCAACCUGUGCACGAAGGAAUCGUACGACUACCUGAAGACGUUGGCCAGUGACGUGCACGUGGUGCGGGGAGACUUCGACGAGAACUUGAACUAUCCAGAGCAGAAGGUGGUGACUGUCGGUCAGUUUCGCAUCGGCCUCUGUCACGGUCAUCAGGUCGUUCCUUGGGGUGACACGGAGAGUUUGUCAUUGAUACAGAGGCAACUAGACGUGGACAUUCUCAUCAGUGGCCAGACACACAAAUUCGAGGCAUUCGAACAUGAGGGAAAGUUCUACAUCAACCCAGGAUCAGCGACAGGGGCAUACAAUGCUCUCGACAGUGAGAUUGUGCCAUCAUUUGUCCUGAUGGACAUUCAAGCUUCCACUGUGGUCACAUACGUUUAUCAACUGCUGGGUGACGAAGUAAAGGUGGAACGAAUAGAGUACAAGAAGUAAUAAUGACCGUUUCUUGAGGUGUUGUAUGUUUGUCAGUGUCUACGUGCGUGUGUUUUAAAAACGAUGUGAAAACAGCGCUCUUGGCAGGGUUUGCUGUUACUGUGCAUCGAUAUGGAUCAGGUGAGAUUAUGAUUGACGGUCACACAGGAAAGGAAGGGGGUUGGACUGCAAUGUCAGGUUACAAUUGAGUCUCACAUUCUUGCUGAAGCCUGGUUUGUUAUGAGAAGGCGAGUGGAAAGCAAAAGCAGAUAUGGAAGAAUUUUCCUUAAUAUUGCCUUACUUAUCAAAUCACAUUCUGUAAUAGCAGGCAACCAGGUUUAAGCAUAUAGGUGCGUGACUUUUUUGGAGAGUUACUUGAUCCUAAGAAUGCAGAAGUCCACAGUAGAGUCUGAUGAUGAUGUUACUUAUAUACUAUGUUUGUGCAUGGGGGAGGCCCGGGAGGGUAAGGGGUUCAUGUAGGUGAGAGCCUGAUAUCCGUGUGCAUUUUAGGUCAAACAUGAGCUGCACCGAAUUUUCCUGAAUUGGUAAUUUAAGAUACUUAAUCAGGGAUGAAUGGGGCUAAAGCAGGGAAAUAAAGUGACCAAAGUUUUAAUAUUCGUAAAAGACCGUGUUUGGUCCAAUGGCCAGCUUGAAUGGCUGGACAGACUGGGAUAUGGAAACUACACUUAUUUUCAUUGGUACAUAGCUAAAUCAGAUUGUUUGAGCAAGAGAAUUAAAUGAGACUGGCUGGUAAUAUUUUGUGGAGGUUACCAGCCGGUAAUCUCGUCUGGUUUUCUGUAGAGUACCUUAGUUGUGUUAUUCUUAGAACGCGAAACAUGUCCGGAUAAUUUUCUGCUGCAAUUUUUGCUGCAGCAUAUAUAGAACCUCGGUGAAACGUUCCCAGAUUAACUGUUUUGCCUGCAAAGAAACCAGAAAGCUCCAGAGACAGUAGUGAAGUGAUCUGACACAAGGUGGCGUUGAAUUAAAUCUGCAGAUGUUGCAGAAGAAGCAAUGUUAUUAUACGUAUGUUCAUAGAUAUAUACAACACAUGUGUGUUGUAUAUAUAUCUAUGGUAUGUUAGAUAUUUGAAUGGCAAGUUCUCAAUUAACAACAUUACGCUUUGUGUACAUUACAACAUAACAAUAUUACGCGUUGUGGCCACUGAGUUUGUGUUUGUCGUGUGUGUUAACUGUGAAUCAAGAUGUCCUCAACUGUUUACUAUAUUUCCCUGUGAGUCACUACUAUCAAUGUUGGUGGCAGAUGGGAAUCAUGCCAAAAAUCUCUAAAGCAGUGGUUGAGACUGAAAACCAAGUGUAUUGACACUUUUUCUAUCAUGUCACGUACUUGUUCUGCUUAUACUUGCAGAGGCAUUCAAUUUCUUGAAUGACUCAUUAUCGUUUUAUGAAAAUGAAAUUUGAAGAGGAAACCCAUUUGCAAAUAUAAUGUGUAUAUAUUGUCUAUUUGAACGAUAUUAAAAGUUGAAUCGAAACAGUUUC